GCUUGCGCCACAAGUGUAGUCAAUAAGACACCUAUAUUUUUUAUAUAUAUUUUUUAUAUACCAAGCCAGAAUUGUCUUGUGUGUUUUAAACAACACGAGAUCACACCACAACUUGUUCAUGUAGUUUUAUUAUAUCAUUUUGCAACAUCUAUAUUUACCAACAUACACAAUCAUAACCUCAAAACUUGUCUUAAAAUCUUAAAUAUUGUCAUAAUAAUACUGACUUGACAAAUGACAAUUGACAGUUUGAAACAUAACAAUUAAAUUGUCAAAUAAAAUUGACAUAUAAAUAGGUAAAUAAAUAAAAACAAAAUAAUAACAAUUAGAAAAUGUUAAACAUGUUGGAUCAAUGAUGUAAUUAACACUUGUUUGUGUUGAUAAAAAUUGUAAAUUUGUGACGCAAUUUAUCAGCUGACUAGUCAUCAAAGAUGGGACAUGGAUCAAGUCGUUCAGCAUCAUCAGCAAAUAUACUGUCAUCAGAUGAAUUAAUUCUCGUUGAAAAUAUAUUUAAAUCAAUGUCAAGAAGUUCUGGUUCAAUAAAACGUGAAGAUAUAUUUAAACAUUGGUCAAAUCAUUUGGAUCAAAUAUUAUUACAAUUUAUUGUACGUUUUUUAUGUCAUGAACCAGGCAAUAAAAAGCUAACAGCAAUUAAUGGAGAAAAUUUUGGUAGAUUAUAUGUAUAUUCAGUACGUGGUAAUAAGGAAGAAAGAACAAAUUUAAUAUUUCAUGGUUAUUGUGAAGAUGAAGAGAAAAUAACAAUACCAAUUGAUACAUUUUUACAGUAUGUACAAGCAACAAUAAAUUCAUAUUUACGUUUACUUAAAAAUUGUAAUAAUAUUAAUUAUCAAAGUUGGAGUAGCAUUGGAUGCACUGUUAAUACAAGAAGAAUAAAUGAAAGAUCAAAAUCAUUGUGUGAUGAUUUGCUAAAAUAUGAUGAUACAUUGACAAUUGAACAAAUUGAAAAUUGGUAUGGACAAUCAUCAAUAUUCAAUCAAAUACAAUCACAUGUUAUACAAUGUUUAUUUUUAAUAUCACAAAAAAAAAAUGAUAAAAAUAUAACAAUUAAUAAAUUAAAUCAUUUAAAUUUAUUGCCAUUAUGUAAGGGUCUUGAAAAUAUACCAUUAUUUCCAAGUAUACUUGGUCUUGGUGAUGUCCUAUUUUUAAAUUUAAGUCUACCAGCUGAAUUGAGAAAUGAAUGGAGAUUUUUAUUUUCAAAUCAAAUACAUGGUGAAUCAUUUUCAACAAUGCUUGGACGUAUAUCAAUGCAAGGAUCAACAAUAAUUAUAAUACAAGAUAGUGAUGAUCAUAUAUUUGGUUGUUUUGCAUCAGAUAAUUGGUCAUUGAGUCCAAAUUUUGUUGGUAAUCAAACGUGUUUUUUAUUUAAACUUGAUCCAGAUAUAUUAACAUUUUCAUCAACUGGCUUUAAUAAUCAUUAUCAAUAUUUAAAUUUACAUCAACAAACAAUGCCAAAUGGUUUAUUAAUGGGUGGACAAUUAAAUUAUCCUGGUUUAUGGCUUGAUUGUGAUUAUGGUAGUGGUAAAUCAAGUCCAUCAUGUACAACAUUUCAAAAUUAUAAACAAUUAAGUGGUAAAGAAAUAUUUAAAAUUAAACAUUUAGAAGUUUGGGGUGUUGGACCAGUACCAGAAAUUGAAGAAAAUGUUAGAGCAAGUGGUAAAUCUAUACUUGAUCAAGAUAAUGCUGCUAAAGUUAUGCUAGAAAUAAAAAUUUGAAGGACUUUCAUCAUAAAAUUUUAUCAAAUAUCAUCAAACACACACACACACAUACAUAAUACACAUCGAAUCAAAGUAAUUUUAUGUUUAAAUUUGGCAAAGUUAUUUGAAGAUUAAUUUUUUCUUCUUCAUCAUAAUGAUGAUGAUGACUGAGAAAAAGCUCAACGGAAUACAUGAUGCGAAAGAGAGCAUAUAAUUUAUUUAAAUCUUGAGUAUCAAGGGGCCAAAGAAUAAGUUAAAUUUUGUAAAAGAGGAUAUAAAAAAUACACUCUGAGACACAAGAACGGCCUGAUUUUUUAGUGGGUAAGUGUGUCUCGUAAUCCUUGCCAAAAAAAAUUUACUUUGGCUACAAAAAUACAACUGUACAAAUAAUAAAAAAAAAAAACAAUGACAUGUUUAUUUGUUUGCACAUAUAUGUUAAAAUACUCAACACUUUUUAAAAUCAAAUUUUCAUUUUUUUUUUGUUAUUUAUUUUCAUGUUUAUCUGUGUGUUAUCAUCAACGACAAAUUUAUUGGAAAAUAAUGUCAAAUAAAUAUGUUAAUUAUUGAAAAAAUUGUUGUAAAUUAAUUUGCCAAGUAUUUUUAUUUGUGUGUAAUGAAUAUUUACGACUACAAAUUGUUUUUUUUUUUGCAUUCAAUUAAUGUUUGUGUGUGUGUGGGGGUGUUUAAUUAAUUGCUUGAAAUUUCAAAUUAGCAUGUGUUGUUUUUUGUUUGGUAUAAUGUACAAGUGUGUAAACACAAAAUGAUGAUAAUAUAUUGAAAUUUAAAUAAAUAAAAUAAAAAAUAACACUCACCC